GCACCUCUCUGCAGAAGUCACAAAGCCCUCUCCCCAGUGGGCUCCUGGUUGCAGAGUUCAAGGCCUCACAUAGACACACCUGUGCGAGAAGCAGAGUGGAAGAAAGACAGGAGGCCCUGCCAUUUCUGCAGGCUGGGGUCCCCGAUGGCCCAGGCCCCUGCCUACCUCAACAAGGCCACAAUGAACCGGGGAAGCUCUUUUAGGCACCUGCUCCUGGUGCUGCAGCUGGCGCUGCUACCGGCAGUCACUCAGGGAAAGGAAGUGGUGCUGGGCAGAAAGGGGGAUACCGUGGAGCUGCCCUGCAAAGCUUCGCAGAAGAAGGCCGUACCCUUCGCCUGGAAGCACUCGAACCAGACCAGGAUUCUGGGAAAACAGGGCUCCAGCUCCUUCUGGACUACAGGUCCUUCCAUGAUGAAAAAUCGCGUUGAAUCAAAAAAAAACCUGUGGGACCAAGGAUCCUUUCCCCUGAUCAUCAAGAAUCUCGAGAUGAAAGACUCAGGGACUUACAUCUGUGAAGUGGAGGACAAGAAGGAGGUGGAACUGCUGGUGUUCGGACUGACUGCCAACUCGGGCACCCAAGUGCUGCAUGGACAGAGCCUGACCCUGACCUUGGAGAGCCCCCAUGGCAGUAGCCCCUCAAUGCAAUGCAAGAGUCCAAGGAAUAAAAACAUAAAUGGGGCCAGUGUCCUCUCAGUGUCCCAGCUGGGGCUCCAGGACAGCGGCACGUGGACAUGCACUGUCUCCCAGGACCGGCAGACACUGGCAUUCAAAAUACACAUCUCAGUGCUGGCGUUCCAGGAGGCCCCAAGCACCAUCUAUAAGAAAGAGGGGGAGCAGGCAGAGUUCUCCUUCCCACUCACCUUCGAAGAGGAAGACCUGGAUGGCGAGCUGAGGUGGCAGGCGGAGAGGGCUUCCUCCCCCAAGUCCUGGAUCACCUUUUCCUUGAAGAACAAGAAGGUGACUAUGCAAGGGGUGACCCAGGACCCCAAGCUCCAGCUGCGUGAGACACUCCCGCUCCGGAUCACCCUGCUCCAGGCCCUGCCCCGGUAUGCUGGUUCUGGAAACCUGACCCUGGUUCUUGCCAAGGGACAGCUGCACCAGGAAGUGAAGCUCGUGGUGAUGAGAGUGACUCAGUUCCAGAACAAUUUGACCUGUGAGGUGCUGGGCCCCACCUCUCCUGAGCUGGUUCUGAGCUUGAAGCAGGAGAACAAGGAGGCAAAGGUCUCAAAGCAGGAGAAGGCCGUGUGGGUGCUGGACCCUGAGGAAGGGCUGUGGCAGUGUCUACUGAGUGACGCGGACCAGGUCCUGCUGGAAUCCAAGCAGGAGGUUUUGCCCGCACGGUUCCCCCAGGUGCAGCCAAUGCUCCCGAUUGUGCUGGGUGGCUCUGCAGGCCUGCUUUCCAUCGGGCUGGGCAUCUUCUACUGUGUCAGGCACCGAAGGCGCCAGGCACAGCGGAAGUCUCAGAUCAGGAGACUCCUCAGUGAGAAGAAGACCUGCCAGUGUCCCCACCGGUUCCAGAAGACACGUAACCUCAUUUGAGGUCCGAGGACAGAGGGACUGCCCACUUGCAGCCUCCCCAGCUGUCUGCCCCACGUUUCCUGUCGGGCUCAGGGCCUGUGGACCAGAUGAAUGUAGCAGAUCCCAGGCCUCUGGCCUCUGGCUCCCCCUCUACAAUUCACCAUUGUUUCUCCUCUUCUGUUACCAACCCCUGGGUGAGGCCCCAACGCCACUGGCUGAAUCUUGCUCCAGAGCCUUUAUCAUACGAUUCCUUUCCCAUUUCCUUUUCCUCCAAGCCCUAGCCCUUCUCUGAUUAUUUCUCUUUGACCCUGUCCCCCACUGCCCACUCGGAUCCCAGGGGAGUGCACGGGGCCAGCCCCACCUGGGACGGAGGGCGAGGCUGGGUGUCUGGAAGCAUGGAGCACAGGACUGUCAUUUUACAGGAGAGGACACUGUGAGCAAAGAGGGCAGGAACUUGCCCAAGAUCACACAGCUGGUCAAGGAAGGAUGCAGUUCCAAAGGCUCCUCCUGACUGCCAGCCCCCACUGCCCCAUGCUGCCUGCUCCGCAGCCUGACUUGGCAGGGCCACAGCCUCACGUCCUGACCUUGCACAAAGGGGCCUCCCAGCCACACCUCAUGCACACAGCCACACACUUGUCACAGACACAAUUCCUUAUCACCCAAGCAGCACAUCUCAGUAUAUAAACCCGUUUCCUAUCCUCUGUCUAUUCAAACCUUACAAAAAUCCUACAAGGCUGGCAAUGACAGAACCGAGAUUAUCACCUGCAGGCCACAGGCCAGAAAGGGAGCUGUGGCUCAUCACAGGACCCAGUAUGCACCUUCGGCUUCACAGGAGCGCCCCACCCGCAGGGAGGGCCUGUAUCAGAGAACUCACGCAUGGAAGAAGGCCUGCCUGCCUAAAACCACUCUCUCAUCACCUGCUGGUGGCAGAAUCCUGUUACCAGAGUACAAAGCUCUCCGUUCUCCUAAUCAGAGCACAGGCUGAGAGCAGAGGCCCUGCGGGAGAGAAUGCCCAGUGACCAGCCACUCACCCUGUUCAGAACUUUCUGGAAGUGACUUUGCUGGAGGAGGUGGGGAGCUAGCCUAAGACUGAACCUCUGAGGGACCCCUGUGAUACCUGGGACUCAGUGCCCCGGCCUGUACCCUCCUCCAAACCACUAGGGCCACAGGGCAGUCAGGGAUACAAGUUGUCUUCUUCCUCCUCUCUUUAUGUUUCUCUCAGCACCCUCCAGCCUCCUCUGCCUCUCUCUCCCUUCCCUUCUUCACCACCUCCCUCAGUCCCAACCCCUUUUCCCAUUUCCUUUCUCCCUCUUCCCAGCUUGCCUCUUCCAGAAAGACCACCCAAUGGUGCAAGGGCCUCCCUAUUGCUCACUUUGCAAUUCUGCCCACUCCCCACCCCUGCUUCCCUGAGCUGAAAGAAAGAUACAAUAAACUUAGUAUAAAGAAGA